AUGAAGUACGCUACAGCUCUCCUCGCUGCGGCAUCCGCAGCUUUGGCUCAGCAGUUCCCUAUUCGUCUCGGUGGUGUGAACACCGCCGGUUAUGACUUCACAGUGACCACCAACGGCAGUUUCUCUGGCACUGGCGCCACUCCCCCUUCAUAUGAGUAUGCUCAUUUCUCUUCCGAGGGUGCCAACCUAUACCGCAUUCCCUUCGCAUGGCAACUCAUGACACCCACUCUCGGUGGUGCCAUCAACGAGAGCUUCUUCGAACAGUACGAUACCACUGUUCAGUAUGCUCUCAAUUCCAGUACAGACUCGUACAUCAUUGUAGAUCUGCACAACUAUGCCCGCUGGGACGGUGGUAUCAUCGCACAGGGCGGUCCCACGAAUGAGCAAUACGCGUCUAUUUGGACUCAGCUAGCUGAGAAGUAUGGCACCAACGAUCGGCUCAUCUUUGGUCUCAUGAACGAGCCCCACGAUCUGGACAUUCCCACAUGGGUGGACAGCGUGCAAUAUGUCGUAAGCGCGAUCCGUGGGACUGGUGCUACGAACUACCUCCUCCUCCCCGGUUCGAACUACACAUCAGCACAGACUUUCCCUACCGGCGCUGGCCCGCUCCUUGCCGAGGUUACGGACCCGCUGUACGGCAACACGGACAAGCUCAUCUUUGACGUUCACAAGUACCUCGACUACGACAACAGUGGUACCCACGCUGAGUGUGUCACGAACAACACGGUAGUCAUGGAAGACCUUGUUACCUUCCUUCUUCAGUACGGCGGUCGUCAGGCCAUCCUGAGCGAGACUGGCGGUGGCAACACAGCGAGUUGCGAGGAAUACCUGUAUGAGGAGCUGGCGUACGUCAAGUCGGCAUACCCGAACAUGGUCGGCUUCUCCGUCUGGGCCGCCGGCGCGUUCGACACGACCUACAUUCUCACCGUCACCCCGAACGCCAACGGCACCGACCAGCCGCUCUGGAUCGACGCUGUCAGGCCCAACUUGCCUCCUCCGGUAUAA